GUCUCCCGCCCCCCCCAGGCCAACAGGUGGCCAUCAAGAAGAUCCCGAACGCCUUCGACGUGGUGACCAACGCCAAGCGGACGCUGCGGGAGCUGAAGAUCCUCAAGCACUUCAAGCACGACAACAUCAUCGGCAUCAAGGACAUCCUGCGGCCCACGGGGCCCUACGGCGAGUUCCGCUCCGUGUACGUGGUGCUGGACCUGAUGGAGAGCGACCUGCACCAGAUCAUCCACUCGUCGCAGCCGCUGACUCUGGAGCACGUCCGGUACUUCCUGUACCAGCUGCUGCGCGGCCUCAAGUACAUCCACUCGGCCAACGUCCUGCACCGCGACCUCAAGCCCUCCAACCUGCUGGUCAACGAGAACUGCGAGCUCAAGAUCGGCGACUUCGGCAUGGCCCGGGGGCUGGGCGCCGACCCCCGCCAGGCCAAGGCCUUCCUCACCGAGUACGUGGCCACGCGCUGGUACCGCGCGCCGGAGCUGCUGCUGUCGCUGCACCGCUACACCCGCGCCAUCGACAUGUGGUCGGUCGGGUGCAUCUUCGCCGAGAUGCUGGGCCGGCGCCAGCUCUUCCCGGGCCGCAACUACGUGCACCAGCUGCAGCUGAUCAUGGCGGUGCUGGGGACGCCGCCCGCCGGCGUCAUGGCGGCCAUCGGCGCCGAGCGGGUGCGGGCCUACGUGCAGAGCCUCCCGCCGCGCCCGCCCGUGCCCUGGGAGAGCCUGUUCGGCGCGGCCGAGCCGGCGGCGCUGGCGCUGCUGGGCCGGAUGCUGCGCUUCGACCCCCGCGAGCGGGUGGGCGUGGCCGAGGCGCUGCGCCACCCCUUCCUGGCCAAGUACCACGACCCCGAGGACGAGCCCGAGUGCGUCCCCGCCUUCGACUUCGCCUUCGACCGCCAGGCGCUCACCAAGGAGGAGAUCAAGGCGGCCAUCGUGGCCGAGAUCGCCGACUUCCACGCCCGGCGCGACGGCAUCCGGCGGCACAUCGCCCUCGCGCCCUCGGGCGGCGGGGGCGGGGUGGGGGGCGGGGUGGCCAACGGGGGGGUCAACGUGCCCAACGUCAACAUGGCCAACGUCAACAUGGCCAACGCCAACAUCAACGUGGCCAACGUCAACGUGGGCAACGCCGGCAUCACCGUGGCCAAUGCCAACACCAACAUGGCCAACAUUAACGUCAACAUGGCCAAUGCCAACGCCAACAUGGCCAACAGUAACAUCAACAUGGCCAACGUCAGCAUGGUCAAUGUCAACAUGGCCAACGCCAACGUGGCCAACGUCACCAUGACCAACACCAGUGUGGCCAACGCCCCCCCCGGCCCGGCGUGGCCGCCCUGCGCCGACGUGGACAUGCCGAGCCCCGGCCCCGCCCCCGACUGCCCCAUGGACUCGCCGCGGGUGAAGGCGGAGCCGGGCGGGGCCCCCCCGGCGCCCAAGCGCGACGGCGCCAUCUCCGACGACACCAAGGCCGCGCUGAAGGCGGCGCUGCUCAAGUCGGCCAUGAGGAACAAGAGCAAAGACCCUCCCUGCGCGGCCCCCGAGGCCCCCGAGGGCCGGAAGCCGGUGACGGCGGCGGAGCGGCAGCGGGAGCGGGAGGAGAAGCGUCGGCGGCGCCAGGAACGCGCCAAGGAGCGCGAGAAGAAGCAGCGGGAGCGGGAGCGGCGCGAGCCCCGCCCCCGGGGGGAGGGGCUGCAGGGGCUGGUCCUCACCGACGACGACCGGCACCUCCUGGAGCGCUGGACCAAGAUGCGCGACGGGGCCACGCCCCAGACCCGCCCCCCGGCACCGCCCCCCCAUGCCCCCGACCCGCCCCCCGCCCCUCCCCCCGGACCCCCGCCCUGCGCCGCCCCCCCGCCCCCCGAGGCGUGGCCGGGCCCCGAGGCCUGGGCGGAGCCUCCCGCCGGCCCCGCCCCCACCGACCCCGAUGUGGCCACGGUGACGCAGCAGCUCUCCAAGUCCCAGGUGGAGGACCCGCUGCCCCCCGUGUUCCCGGUGACCCCCAAGGGCAGCGGCGCCGGUUACGGCGUCGGCUUCGACCUGGAGGAGUUUCUCAGCCAAUCGCUCGACAUGGUGGGGGACCCCAAGGACAGCCAGGGGGACUCUGCGCCGCUGUCGGCGUCGCUCUUGGCCGAUUGGCUGGAGGUUCAUCGGCUCAGCCCCGCGGCCCUCGAGAGCCUCCAGCGCGACCUCCAGCUCGGAUCCCCGAUGCUCUUGGCCGACGACCUCCCCGAGCCCUGACCCGGGGGGGUAAAG